AAGAGCAGGGAAGUCGCAUGUAAACUGGCACUUUCAUGAAUAGUCGCACAGUCACGGGCAUAUUUCAUUUCUUUGAAAAUGAAAGAUUGGGUUAAUAUUCCUCAUCCUUACACAUCAGAACUCAUACAAUUGUUUGCACUUUGUUAUUCUACACCUGGCCUUCUCUGGUGAAUUCAUUCAAAAUACACUCACGCCCGACUUCACAUCCCAUCAACAAGGAUGAAGAUUAGGGUGAUAUCACUCAUCAUAACUGCAGCCGCGGUGGCAGCUGUUGCCUAUGGGCGGCCAGAGCUUGUCAUAUCUGAAGAUCAGCGCGGCCUCAUCUACAUGGGAUCUUUUGGCUUCCUUGCUGGUGGUACACUGGAAAUGGAUCUUCAGGAUUUAAAGGUUACUCCAUAUGAAGGCGACACAAAUGAAGAGAAAAGAAUUGGUUUUCUUAUUCAAAAGGGCUCCUCGGAUGCAGAAGUUGUAGAUUGGGAAGAUGGCUGUAUUUUGGAUGAUCCUUAUUUCAAGGACGAAUUGGACCAAAAGAGGAGCGAGUUUCUGCAGCUUGAUACGACAAAUCCAGUGUUUCAAUAUCGCCACACGAUCGCUCCUGGUGAAGAAGAGAUGUGGAACAUGCUAUUCGUUAAUUGUCCUUCUAGUAUAGUCUCAUUCAGGUUGAAAAUUACAGAGAUCAAUCCUGGAAACAACUACUUGAGUGCAGGGGAUAUUCCACUGCCUAAAGUUUAUGCUGGAUCAGCUGUUGCAUACUUUAUCGCCAGUGGGAUUUGGCUUUACAUGCUGACGAGAAGGGAUACCAGAGUUUUUUGGCCACACAAACUCAUCUUCAUCUUGGCCGUGAUGAUUGGAAUCCAAAAGACCUUCCAAGCAAUUAAAGUGCAUUACAUGCAGAUUGGAGUAGAUGCGGAAGGCUGGACAGUCAUGUUCUAUAUUUUUGCCUUCCUCAAGGGAUCUCUUAGCAUCCUUAUAAUCACCUUGAUUGCAUCUGGAUGGAUGUUUAUCAAGCCAUUUUUAUCACAGAAGGACAAGAAAAUUAUUCUUGUCAUUAUUCCUCUUCAGAUCCUCUCUAAUAUCGCAUCAACAGUCAGCAAUGAGACGGCUGUCGGGUCUAUUAAUUGGUCAUUCUGGACUCAAGUCUUCCCUAUGGUCGAUCUAGUAAGCUGCGUUGUGAUUCUCGGUGUCAUUAUCCAGACACAAAGACAUUUAAGUGAAGCAGCCGAAGUUGAAGGCAAAGUUGCCGAGAGCAAGAGCAAGUACAAGCUCUGGGGUUCAUUCUACCUUGUGACAGUUAUCUAUAUCUACUUGACUAGGAUUUUGAUUGAGUUUUUGAAAGUAGCAUUACCUUAUCAGUAUGUCCAAUGGUUGGUCGAGCUCCUGAAUGAAGCCAUCACUCUUGGUUUCUACGCCACCAUCGGAUGGAAGUUCCGGCCGUAUGCUAACAACCCAUAUACAUUGAUCGAUGAGGAUGACCAUGAUCAUGACAAUGAUAUAGAAUUGGGUGCAAAUGAUGGUGAGACUAAUGGCUUUCAGACCAUGUCUAGACGUGAAGGUAGAAUGGGCGAACAUGAUGAUUAGAUACAUUCCAAGUGAAAAGCGAAGAUAAAUUAAAAUAAUGUCGGAAUUUAUUCUAGUGAG